GGACGCUCUGAGCCGCGGCCGCCCCGGCCGCCGCUUCUUUCACACUUUAGUUGGGAGCCGCGCGCUGCGCUCAGCUGCUGGGGAGCUGGCCGCACGCCGCCGCCUCCCGCACGCGCGCACGCGGGCCGGGCGCCGGAGGUUCCAGCUCUCACUCCCGGCGGCGGGGAGGAGGGGGAGACCGGGACUCACUGUGGGGAGGCGGAGGAAGAGGAGGAGGAGGGAGGAAGAAGACCGGCGAGGAGGACCGGGCGGGGGGCGGGAGGCUUGCCACCUUCAGCCCCCCCCGCGAGCGCCCCAGGUGCGCACAUCUUGACCGACUCAGCAAGAAGGUGGAUUUUCUUUGUGUCUAAAGAGAGAGAAAAAAAAAUGUCCCUGUGUCUGUAGAGAUGAUUUGCAGUUCAGCCCGGCUGAAGCUGACCGAAUGAGACUAUGGGCUGUGCCUCCGCCAAGCAUGUUGCCACUGUUCAAAAUGAAGAGGAGGCCCAGAAAGGGAAGAGCUACCAGAACGGAGAUGUGUUUGGCGACGAGUAUAGGAUCAAACCCGUGGAAGAGGUCAAAUACAUGAAAAAUGGGGCAGAAGAGGAGCAGAAAAUAGCAGCCAGGAACCAAGAAAACUUGGAAAAAAGUGCCAGUUCAAAUGUAAGACUUAAAACUAACAAAGAGAUUCCGGGACUAGUUCAUCAACCCAGAGCAAACAUGCACAUCUCUGAAAGCCAACAGGAAUUCUUCAGAAUGCUGGAUGAAAAAAUCGAAAAGGGUCGAGAUUACUGUUCGGAAGAAGAGGAUAUCACAUAGCGCCAUUCUACCACUCAAACCGGGAGCUACUACUGUGUAAAUAGGUUACACCCCAGUUGAAAUCUUUGCAAAGGUCGGUUCUCUCCAGCGAACAGCGCUAUAUAGCAACAGAAGAUCGUUCCAUAUCGUAUGCCCCAUUAAAUCACAGUGUUCCUUAAUGAACUCGCAAAGGAAUAUUGCUAAAAACAAACAAAAAAAACUGGUAUCGAACUUUCUUUGUUGCUGCUAGUUAAAACUUGUUGCAACUUUUCACUUCUCUCGGUGUCCAGGUCUGCAGCGAAAUUCUGCGAUUUCACCUUAAAGAUGCUGUUGGUUUUUCAGAUGCUCUGCAACCUAUUUUCUAUAAAAGAUGAGGUAGAGGUGAACUCAGAUAUCCAACUUCUAUUCUAGACCGGUUCUGCUUCUAAGACACACGCCUGUUUCCCUCUCUCCCUCCUCCCUGCUUCCCCCCUCCGAGCCGUUCAGAGCCUUGCUUCUCACUGGCAGUGUUGCGCUUUGGAGAUAGGAUGGUUGCUAUGGCAAGCCUUGUUGCUCUCCUACGAAGAAGUAGAGGCGCUAUUACCGAUUAAAAAGCAUGUUGUGACAUGACUUCUGGAGGUGACAUAGGAGCGAGCGGCGGGUGGUUUCAUUUUCUGGGUCUCUUAAUCAAAGAUCAAGCUUGCAACACCAGUUUUGCUCAGAUGCAGACGGAAGUGUGAUCACAAUCAUUUUGAAUCCCUCUCGCCCACUUUUUUUUUCUAAGAAAAUAAACAUUUUACUGUUUUUAUGUA